AAUGUCAGUUUACGGUUAGCAGUAUAUCUUUGAAAGAAAGACUUUGGAACGGUUUCUGUUUGUCGCCGGGAAAAGUUUGUGAUACUUAGAUUUACGAUUGCACAAUUAUUCUUCUUAUUCGGCAUGUUUUUUGCUACGUAGUUUUCUGUUGACUGUUUAUGCACGGACGGUAAACAGAAGGCUUGAGAAGUUUAAUACUCGUCGUUUGUACAGCGGCCAAGUUUUAGCAGAGCCGUUGUGUCACCGGCAGUGCCACUCUCAUAACAUGGAGUUAAGUGACGAAAAUUUGAAAACGUUAUCCCAGUAUCUACAGCACACACUGAAUCCAGACAGUGAAAUCAGGAGACCAGCCGAAAAGUUUCUGGAGUCGGUUGAAGUGAAUCAAAACUAUCCUCUACUGCUGUUGCAUUUAGUCGACAGAAAAGAUGCUGACAUGACUAUACGAAUUGCUGGAGCAGUUGCCUUUAAGAACUAUAUCAAGAGAAACUGGAGUGUGAGUGAAGAUGCAGCGGACCGAAUCCAUGCCCAAGACAGGGAUGCUGUUAAACAGUUAAUAGUGAAUCUCAUGCUACAUUCACCAGAAGCGAUACAGAAGCAGUUAAGUGAUGCAAUAUCUAUUAUUGGACGGCAUGAUUUUCCAAACAAGUGGCCCAAUCUAAUCUCGCAAAUGGUUGAGAAGUUUGACACAGGAGAUUUCCAUGUCAUCAAUGGUGUCCUUCAUACAGCUCAUUCAUUGUUCAAAAGAUACAGACAUGAAUUUAAAUCACAGGAACUAUGGACAGAAAUCAAAGAAGUCCUAGACAAUUUUGCUGAGCCACUUACAAAGCUUUUUGUGGCCACAAUGAACCUAAGAACUGUGCAUGCUAACAAUCCAGAAGCUUUGAAAGUAAUCUACAGCUCCUUGGUCAUUAUAUGUAAAGUUUUCUACUCUCUCAAUUUCCAGGAUCUUCCAGAAUUUUUUGAGGACAAUAUGGGGACGUGGAUGUCAAAUUUCCAUGAACUACUGACUGUUGAUGUUCCAUGUCUCAAAAAUGAGGAUGAAGAGGAAGCUGGACUUCUUGAGCAGUUGAAAUCACAGAUAUGUGACAAUGUUGCAUUAUAUGCUUUGAAAUAUGAUGAAGAGUUCCAGAGUUACCUUCCACAGUUCGUGACAGAUAUUUGGAACCUGCUAAUUUCGACAGGAACGCAACCUAAGUAUGACUUGUUGGUCAGCAAUGCUCUGCAGUUCCUGGCAACUGUUGCAAACCGUUCACAAUACCGACACCUGUUUGAAGAUCCCAUCAUUAUGAGCAGCAUAUGUGAGAAAAUUGUAAUACCUAAUAUGGAAUUUAGAGCAUCUGACGAGGAGUUGUUUGAAGAUAACCCAGAGGAAUAUAUUAGACGUGACAUCGAAGGUUCGGAUGUUGACACAAGACGACGUUCUGUAUGUGACUUGGUAAAAGUUUUGUCACAGUACUUUGAAGCAAAAAUGAUUGAGGUGUUUGGACAGUAUGUACAGGCAAUGAUACAGAGGUACGGUGAGAGCCCAGAACAAAACUGGCGAAGUAAAGAUGCUGCUUUGUACUUGGUCACGUCUCUUGCUGCCAGAGGACAGACACAAAAACAUGGCAUAACACAGUCUAGCCAGCUGGUUGAUCUCAACAGUUUUGCACAGGAGCACAUACUAACAGAGCUUCAGAAACCAGUGAAUACUAUUCCAGUCUUGAAGGCUGACUCUAUAAAGUACAUCAUGAUGUUCCGAAGUGUGCUGCCCAGGGAAAUGGUAGUGGGCUCUCUUCCCCAGAUUGUUAAACACCUCACUGCUGUCAGUCAUGUGGUGCACACAUAUGCUGCAUGUGCAAUAGAAAAAAUUUUGGUAAUGAAGACACCUGAUGGAAGCCCAGUGGUGCAAACUGAAGAAGUGACAACCAUUGCUCGUGAACUUCUGACAAAUCUGUUUUCUGCAUUGGAUCUGCCCGGAUCACAAGAAAAUGAAUAUGUUAUGAAAGCUAUUAUGAGGAGCUUCUCCGCACUGCAGGCUCAAGUUAUCCCACACCUUGGUGAUCUUCUUCCAAAAUUGACCCAGAAAUUAGCAUUGGUUGCUCGUAAUCCAAGCAAACCUCAUUUCAAUCAUUAUUUGUUUGAAACUUUAUGUUUAUCAAUCAAGAUCGUUUGCACUUCAAACAAGACGGCUGUAUCUACAUUUGAAGCAAAUUUAUUUCCACUUUUCCAGUGGAUACUCCAGCAAGAUGUUCAAGAGUUUGUGCCAUAUGUCUUCCAAAUGCUGUCACUGAUGUUGGAGCAGCACACGUCCGGUGUCCCAGAACCAUAUAUGCUGCUGUUCCCAUGCCUGCUCGCACCUGUUCUGUGGGAGCGCCCAGGAAAUAUUCACCCACUUGUGGGACUUCUGAGAGCAUUCAUUGCUCAGGGUGGUUCACAAAUAGUAGCUACCCAGAAAGUGAGUGGUCUGUUGGGUGUGUUUCAAAAAUUAAUAGCAUCUAAAGCAAAUGAUCAUGAGGGCUUUUUCUUGAUGCAAUCUUUAAUUGAGCACCUGCCCACUGACGCAUUGUCACCCUACAUGAAACAAGUAUUCGUCCUUUUGUUUCAAAGAUUGUCAUCAUCAAAAACCACCAAAUUCAUUAAGGGGCUUCUUGUAUUUUUCUGCCUGUACUGUUUGCAGUAUGGACCUGCAAGCCUUAUAGGCAUGAUAGAUGGCAUACAACAGCAAAUGUUUGGCAUGGUGAUAGAACGCCUUUUUAUUCCUGAUCUUCAAAAAAUCUCUGGAAAUAUUGAAAGGAAAAUUGCAGCAGUGGGUGUUACAAAACUCUUGUGUGAAAGUCCAGAACUUGUUAAUGGACCUUAUUCACAGUUUUGGGUUCCUCUCCUGCAAGCUCUCAUUGGCUUGUUUGAGCUGCCUGAAGAUGAAUCCCUUCUUCCUGAUGACCAUUUCAUUGAAGUAGAAGAUACUCCUGGAUAUCAGCCAGUAUUUUCACAGCUGUUGUUUGCAAACAAGAGAGACAGUGAUCCUCUCCUAGGUGUUGCGGAUGUCAGGUUACAUCUUGCGCAGAGUUUAUCAAAGUUGUCUGUUGCAUAUCCUGGCCGCCUUCAGCCUAUGUUGGGAGGCAUCAGUGAACCACAUAGAGUGCACUUGAAGACGUAUCUCGAUGCAGCAAAAGUUGAAAUUUCCUAGUAUCUUAACACAACUGUUCUGUUAAUGUUUCACAUUGAAAUGCUGUAUACAUUAUAUGUUUUUUGUAUAAUAAUACAUGUAAAACUAGAAUUUUAAAUGAUCUUUUAAAUAAUACAGUAAUCAGCUGUAUAUUACAACUGUCUACCACAUACAGAAACAUGCUGCUGGAUCACUGAAGAGGGACAUAUGGGAAGAUAGCCAAAAUUAGAGUUGUGUGAUGAGUGUUGAAACUGAAACAGAAUGUUAUUGGUGUGUCAGCAUAGUGCAAAUAGAUGUGGAAUACGGAACAUUCUACAGAGAAGGAACAUAGCAACUUAUAUGAAAAUAUGUGAUAUUUUGAUUGUGUAACAACUUAACAAAUACUGUAGAAUAGAGGAUGAAUGUACAGAUAGGCUGAUAUUUUUCGAACUGGAAGAUGAUUGCAGUGCAACAUCUACAAUUAUGUGUUCUGUGUUUGUGUGUCACAAAUUGUUAAUCAUCUUGUAACUGUUCAGGAUUGCAUACGUGAUUUAAGAUAAAUGUGUUUUCUUACCAAACAUACAGUCAUUAAAAUUACAAAAUGCUGUUAUUGAAAGCAUAUUUUUGUGUCUGAUGCAGUUCGGUGAAGCUGAAUAAACACAUUCGAAAACUGAAA